AUGGGACGGGUGGAUUUCCUGACCUUCGGGCGUAUAUGGAAUUCCGGCCGCCCCCCGCCUUCCCCCGAGACCUUGCAACAUCACUUAAUCACUUAUCACGAUUUUACUAUUGUUUCCUUUUGUGGUAUCAUGAACCCCGACGGAAUUAAAAUAGCCAAGGCGUGUGAGCCCUGCCGACGACGCAAGAUUAAAUGCGAUGGCCUAGAGCCUUGCCGAAAUUGUCCCAAUCAGCCAACGGCAUGUAUUUACCGUCGUAAGGCGCGAGUCAGGCUACGCCGGUCUGGAACGCAGACAACUGUCAAUUCAGUUAAUUGCAGCAGCGACCCUAUAAACGCGACCGCUGGUCCGAAAACUGCGAAUGGGGCAAGUCUGUCUCCAUAUGUCUUGGAAGCUCAACACUCUCGCGCCGAGGUCUACGACAGUGUGGCUGCUGCACACCAUGCCCCUCAAUUCACUGAUAGCUCGCAGCUGUUUUAUGGACCAUCAUCCAACUUUGCUUUCCUGCAGCAGGUACAUCGGGCGAUUUUGUCUCACGGGCCGUAUGGCAAGGGUUGUGGCUCUGGUUUUGAGGAGGGAGGCUCGGGUCUGGACAUGUUCAUGCAGAGAAAUGUUUUCUUCGGUGUUCCCUUAAGAGCCAACCUCGGGGCGGCUCAGCUCGGUGACCUCCAUGAUGGCAUUAUUCCUAGGCAUCUGGCCACGGUCUACUUGGAUAACUUCAAGAUUGCCAGCCUGCACAUCCUACCCUUCUUCACUACAGAAGACCUAGACAUUCUUCUACAUAGCUUCUACUCCGCUAGGGCCGACAUAACUUUGCAUCCCCAAAGAAGGGCCUUGCUCCUGAUGGUGUUGGCUAUAGGCGCAUUGAGCACGACGGAGACCCAGCUGGCCGACACUCUGUUUUUACAGGCAAAACUAGAGACUACCAUAUACGAAGACGCUGUCACUUUGCCGAUGAUCCAGUUUUCGCUUCUAAGCGCGGACUAUCAGCUCAAUAUUGGGCGCCCCAACUCCGCAUAUUUACACGUUGGUGUAGCCUGUCGAAAGACCUUUGCGUUAGGCCUGCAUACCGUGGCAGGUAACUCUUUAACUCAGAGAGCGGAACAUAUUCAGGAGCGGCAUGCUACUCUGUGGUGUCUAUACUUUUACGAAACAUUUGUGGCUUUAACAGUGGGAAGGAAGAGCACAAUACGGGUGGCAGAUGUUGCCUGUCCCUAUCCUGAUGGACGACCUGUGUUGGUCGAUUUGUGUCGCCUUGCAGCCAUCAUUGAAGAAGCUGCUGAAUUGAUCUAUAGUCACAAGGCUAGCUCUCUCCGGAAUCUGUACACGACAGCUCAGAGCCUGCAUACCAGACUCCAGCAAUGUGCCGAGCGGUUUGGUCUCGGCUCCGUCACCACUGCUCAGAAAGGUACAACAGCGGAGGUGAUGGCAAUAUUAACGCUGCAUAAUGUAGCCGAAUCGGCGCUUCGGUGUGCCGACAGCACGCAACAGACUGGAGAUAUGUGGCUUCGGCAAGCAUGUAGGAAUGCUACGGACGCAGCAGCUGACUCCAUUGCCUUCGUCGACGCCAUGUUUCGCACUAUCGAUGUGAGCAAGGUUCGACGCUAUGAUGCGUUCUUUAUCGAGGCCAGCUGUUCAGUUCUCCUUCAUAAUUCGCUACAGCAUCCCUCGAAGCAUCCCAAUAAUCUGGUCUAUAUUCAUAUGGCCCUGGGUUGUCUGCAGUCUAUGACGAAUGGCGAACCCGUGACAAAUGUGGCUCGCUCGAUUCAGCGUAUCGUCAGUGCCGUGGAGAAUUCGAUAUCGCAAGUAAAUCUUACUCCGACGUUAAUCCCUUCGCCGUCAGACGAAAGCCCGCCCGUCAAUGCGAAUAUAAAGUUCCCUUCCCUAGAAAAUACCUCCUCUUGCGCCACAACAGACUAUAUCUUUCUGAGUGAUAAGCAAUCUCGCUUUCCUAGCAACCUAUCAUCCGACGGUCCCCGGCUUUCUCGAACCACGGCAGAUCCACUCUCGCAACAGUUGCCUCAGCUAAAUCUCGACAUUCUGACAACAGAUCUGUUCAGUUACUUUCAAUUAGAUCCCAAUAUGGAGUCGCAGCCCAGUGACACCUAA